AUGAGCGAAGCCCUGAGGAGUAUUCAGUUAUUACUCAGGGAUCCUGAUAAUAGAAUAUGCGCAGACUGUAAAGCAAAACAAUCAGAAUGGGCUUCAACAGGCCUUGGUGUUUUUAUUUGUAUCGAUUGCAGUGGUGUUCAUCGAUCAUUAGGAACACAUAUUACGUUAGUUCGUUCUUGCACAUUAGAUUCAUGGUCAAUGAAUAGCGUUAGAAGAAUGCAAGCCAUUGGAAAUAAAAUUGCAAACCAAUAUUGGGAAGCAAACUUGACAGAUGAUGUUAAACCACCUGGUGCAGGAAACAUAUCAGAAAUUACACGAUACAUCAAAUUAAAAUACAUAACGAAGAAAUGGGCAGCAGAAGGUUUGUCUCCAAAUCAAAUAAUUGACAAUGCAAAUCAACCACAGCCUAAACAGCAACAUUUCAAUGUUAAUAAGCAUCACCACAAACAAGAGAAGAAACAGCAAACUCUUGCUGAGAGAAUAAAGAGUAUGAAAAAUAAAAAUCAAACGCAAAUUUCCCAUAAAGUCCAUCCACUCGAGAAAUUUACGCCAAAACAAGAAAGAGAUCCAUUUGAUGAUGAAGGACCUUUCUCGGCUCAAGAAGAGAGCCAAACAAUUCAAAAAACAAAUGUUGCCAAUACAGUUUCUGAAAAAACCGAAGAAAAUACAUUUGAAAUCAAUAAUAAUCAAGACAACAAGCCAAAAUCUCGUGAUUUUUCUCAAAUAAAUCAAAACUUAAAUCAAUUAUCAAAUUUAACUCCGACAGAAACCGUACAAUCAGAAAAAGAAUCCACUGAAAUACAUACAACUGAUAACUCUCCUAAAAAUGAAAAGGAGGAAAUUGAUCCGUUUGAUGAUGACGAUUUCUUCUCUGAACCAAAGCCAAAAUCAGCAGCUGCAAAGAUGAUUAUGAUGGGACAAAAUCCUGCGUUAAUACAGCGUAAUAAGUCGACAACUACAAUACUCAAAAAAGAAAUACAACAAAAGAGCGAAUCUUUGCCACCGCAAAGGCCAAUGUCCGCCCAGCAGCGCCUUGAAAACUUCUUCAACGAGGAAACAGAGCGAUCUCCAAUUGCUCAAAAACCAAAUAUUAUCAGAUCUGGGAACAGAUUCAAGAAAGCUAAAGCAGAGGAGUCUAAAAACAAACCAUCGUAUAGGAUCCAACAAAAAAUUGAACGCAGGAAGCGUCAAGUUGGACUUCAGAAACAAAAUUUAGAAGAUGACGAUGAUUCAUCUCAUGAACAGCUAAUAUGA